ACUGUUAAUUUUUUAUUUAUUUGUUCUUUUGCAGGCUAGAGGUGCAGGCAGAUUUCCAGAAAGAAACCUUCCAUAAAGACACUGUAAGUCUGAGUACCAUCAGUGAUAAUGCAAGCACUCGUGCAAUGGCAGGAUCCAUCAUCAGCUCUUACAACCCUCACGAAAGAGACUGCACUAAUCUGGAAAUUCAAGUGGAUAUUGAGACAAAACCAAGCCAUUUGCGGUUGGCUAGUGGAAGUAGCAUUGAAGAUCUGACACAGACCCGCCCAUUACUUGCCAUGGCUCUUAAUGCAGGAUUUGAACUAGGAGAUGCUGGUUCUGCAGGAGGAAUGGAUCAUGGCAAAGAUUGCUCUAUCCACCAACCUGGAGAUGUUACUUUAGCACAACCUGAGAGCAUCCGCAGUGACCUAGAGACCUCGGAUACUCAAUCAGAUGAUAUUCCAGAUCUUACUUCAGAUGAAUGUGAUGUGACUUAUCCCAGAGCAUGCUGGAAUACACUUCCCAGAGCACCUAAAAUGUGCACCCCGACUCUGGACUGUCACAGUCUGCACAACUCUGAAAACAGUAUUCUUUAUCGGUGAUACUCAAAAACCAAAAUUUGCCUUUUGACUAUCAAUGUAUGUACAGGCAGAGAGUAACCAAAUUAAGAGACAUCUUUACUUCUUUGAGCCUAAAACUGUAAUCUGUCAGAAGGGUUAUUCCUGUUUAUAUAUUUAAUGACUGACACAUUUACAGUGUAGGUGUGUGAACUGAGUGUGAGUGUAUAGGUAGUAUCAAGCUGUUUUUUCGGGUGAUUCCUCUAAGUUAUUUUAGAGGAAAUCCUGUCUGCAUUUUUAUUCUGACUAUUUGAUUUCAAUAAGCAGUGUUGUUUUUGCAUGACUGCAUAUCUUGACAACCAACUGUGUGUUUGAAGAACUGCUCCAUCUGCCUGAUCAGUAUAAAUGAAAUGGCAUGUAGUAGAGUGGUUAAUCUACCGGAGAGGCUUCCCUUUAACCUGUAUAACUUUGCUUUCAUCCAUGGAAGCAUACAUGUCAUUAUAAAGAUCCUACUAAGUUCCUAAAAAUUCACAUUGUGUACAGAUGUGAUUGUAAUUUAGGGAACAAAAAUACAGCUAAUAAAAGUGUUCUUCUAAGUUGAGGUAAUGCAGGGAAUACAGGGCUCAUGCAGGCAUAUUGUAAAGUAAAUGUGCAUUAUUGUGCAAUUUAAUCAUUAUAGGGUGUGUAGAUAAUAUUGGCACCCCUGUUGUGAUUGACAUUAAUAUUUAUUUUUUGUUUGUGUGCAGUUAUUUCAACUACAGAUGUCAGAGAAGCAGAAUAUAUCCAUAUUUUGUUGAAUAAAAAGAUUAUUAUAUGUAUUUCUUAGAUGACUUAUGUUUUAAGCUUUAUUAUUUGCUACAGAUCUACAUGAGGAAGCCUUGCUUGAAAAGAAUGUAUUAAACAGCCAUAAUCUAGUGAUGAGGUGUGUGUUGUGCUAGAGAUGUCAAGGAUAAUUUACCAGGCCAAAUGUUAUGAUUGCAUUCUUGCAAUCUAAAAAUUAAAAUCAGUUUACACAGAAACCCAUUAGCUCAGCAUGAUUUAUACGAAGAAUGAAAUUCAGUGAUAUCUUACUGAAAACACAGCAGCUUGCAUAUUCAAUGGGUAAACCACACAAGUCCAAAUGUCCCCAGCCUUCAACUACCCUGUCCCAUGGACAUUAUCUGUUGAUUCUAGACUGUGGCCUUUCCCAUCUUGGGAUAUUUGCUGCACCGAAAUAUGAGAAAGAACUCUUUUGUAUAAGGUAAAUGAAUGUAUUCACAUAGUGAAAUGUUCUGUGUAAGGGGAAAUUCAAAUUUUAUGUUAACAUAUUGGGAUGUUAUUUAUGUCCUGGUGUUCAGUACACAAGGUAUUAAACAAGAACUAUUGGACAUUUAUGUUUUGGCAGUUUUGAGACCCUGAAGAUGAUGAAUCCUUCAUAAUAUUUCUCUCUUCAACUGCCUAUAACUGCAGUCUUCAAAGAAUAAAGUGCUAUGAAAACAUGGUCUAUGAAUAUUUUCACCUUCUAAGAUUGUUAGUAAUAAAGUAUUCUAGCAUGUUUGCUCCAUGUUGUUGUAUAUAUUCAUCUGCUAUUCACUGAGGCCAAGGGCUUGAACGUACUUCAUGUGCCUACCUCUCUGCGGAUGUAAUAGCACAUUUCAAACCUGAAAGCAAAUAUGCUUAAUGUGCUGUCAGGGCAACAGCACUUCUUGGUGCUUUAGUAGUGGGGUUGGUGUACAACUGUGUAUUGAUAACUGGGAAAAGUGCACAAAGACUUUUUGUCCUCACUCUAAAUUGGAUGAUUGUUUUUAUUGAAGGGAAAAAUUGUUGGAUAUUGAGAAAUAUUGGUUAAGUUUGUUUAACUUUGCAACAAACAAGCUAAUGCUAAUAAACAAGUAAUACAAUAUA